AGCAAAACUACUACUUUCAAAACCAUAAACCCAAACCAAGCCUUUCUCUAGUAAGUUUAGUUUCAGAUAUGUACGUGACCCGACCUCUUUCGCACUAUAAGACCUCUCCGGAAGCUCUCUAUCUUCCUCCAGAGGGUCCCAACUCGGGUUACUUGGUAAUCCAAGAUGAAGAGUCCGAAACAUACUCGUGUUUUGGGCUUUGCAAGAAUCGAUAUCUUGCAGAGUUACCAUUUCCUCAAAACAAAAUACUGACCACACGCUAUUCGUCAGGAUCCGGUGAAAACCGACAUGUUUCUUACAAUGAAGUUGUCUUUAUUCCUGUCCUUAACCAACCGUUGUCUUCGAACCGAUACUAUGCGUUAAAACCAAAUGGAUCGCAUAAAGGGGAAGCCUUCACAUGUUCAAAGGAGGAAGACAUGGCACAAUGUUGCUUUUGCAAUUGUGUUCGUGAUGUAAAACCAAGGCCAUUGGACACACACGACAUUUACCAGCAGUUUGAGAUUGUUCAGAAAGGAACACAAUGUAGCGGUGAUGGUAGUUUUUAUGCAAAAUCUCUUGCGGACGAUGGCUAUCCUCCAUACUUCUUAAGAAGAAAAGGUUGGCAAAUUUAUUCCAAAACACCUAAAAACUACGAGUUACAUGAAGCAAAGGGAAUCGACGAUUCCCUUCGCUCACGUCUCCCUGAUUUGAAUUUCCCUCCAUCAACCAAGACUUCAAAUCCUGUGGUUGUUGGCAAGUGGUAUUGUCCUUUUGUAUUCAUUAAAGAAGGAAGAUUAAGUGAUAUGGUAAAAAAGUCUAUCUUCUAUGAACUUACAUUGGAGCAAAAGUGGGAACGAGUUUUCGAACAUGAAAACAAGCAAAAUAAUGAAGGAGAUGUCGUAUACGUGGAUGUUGCACUUCGUAGUGAAGCGGUUUUCAUUGGUGAGAGUCGGGUUGAGGCAACAUGGGAUGAGAGAAAUGUGGUAGAUGGAGCCAUAUGGUUUACAUGUCUAGGGGGUGAUAAUGGGAGAGAAGAAAGUGUAGGGUUGAAUGUUGAAAUUGUUGAAAGAAUGAGGUGGGAAGAAGAAAAGGUUGGAUGGGUUGAUGGUGGGGAGAAAAGGACAAAUAGGGUGAAGAGAAAUGAGAAGUUUGAAGGGAUUGGUGGGUGGAAGAGAUUUGGUUGUUAUAUUUUGAUUGAAAGGUUUGUGGUUAAAAGAAUGGAUGGAAGUUUGGUUUUGACGUAUGAGUUUGGUCACACCCAUCAAAUAAAGUCCAUAUUUGAAUAAGAUUUUUGUUUAUAACUUUAAGUAGCUACAUAUGUUUAUAGUCUUGUAAGGCUAAGCAUGUUUAUCGUGAAGUGUUGGACCAAUUAAGCUACUAGGAUCGAUAUUUGAUAAUAUCCUAUAUCUUUUAUUCCUA